AAACAGGUACACCAACCACUUUUUUUUUUUAAGCUUCUUGUAUUAAUUAAAUGCUAUGUUAUGCCAGGUCGGCUCCAAGCUGUUCUUGUGUAGGCUUGAUCCUGCUGCAGGGGCAGGGAACCUUUUUAGGCUCCAUGGGCCAGAUCCAUUUUGGGACCCGCCUCACAGGCCAAAUUUGGCAGGUGGGUGGCCGCAACCUGUGGGAUGUUGGUAUCCAAAAUGCAUAUAGUAAAGGGAUUGUUGCAAGAGCUGUAGAACUCUGUGAUGUCAUACGUCUGAGGCAGUUAUAGCAGUUGGUACAGUUGGUUCAGUCAGUUGAACAGUCUUCACAGAGCAGCAGGUUAUGUUUUGAUGUGUUGCUGUCUGCCUCAGAGUCAGAGAAGCUAAGUGUGACCAUUGAUGUGAUAGGUGGAGAGCCAGGCACUAUUAGAAGAGUGGAAGGAAGGCGUCAUGAUAAGCAUGGCUCAGAGGAAAACUCAAUUCAGGUCUGUUUCCUCCACCUCAUGCUUCACCGCCACCCCUUUUGAUUCCAACACAUGGUUACUGUCAUCUUGUGAUGCCCUGAUUUGUGUCCCAUCAGCAGAAGAGUCUGCCAGCUACAACAACAGCCAACCACCUCCAUUUGGCUACAACUCCACAGAUUCGGGUUUUAUAAGCUACCCUCCCAUUUCUACAUCUCACAAGCCAUGGAUGACUACAGCCUCCAAUAUUUCCAGUCACUGGGAACAUUCUGGCUCAAGAGGGGAAAGAGAUUGUGACUGGACAUCUCCCACCAGUGAAUACAAUGAUGAUGAAAGGGAUCAUUACUAUAGCAGAGAAGGCAGCUACAAUUUUGAGCAGGACUAUCACAGUAGAGAUAAUAGUUGGGAGCGAGAAUAUCAUCAUUGGGAGCAAAGGCACAGAGACAAAGAGGAAGCAGGCAAACACAAGUCAUGGUGUAAGCAGCAUGAGAGCAAAGAAUGUGAAAACCACAAGAAGAACAAGCACAAGAAGAAAGAAAAGUCAUGAGGAAGGUGUACUGGAGAGAAAUGGACAGGAUUCAUGAAGGAGCAAAUCUGUGGUCCAAAAAGAAUAGUGACAUUUUUACAGCCAGAUUGUCUGUAGCGACUUUCUUCCCCUGAGACAUUAAAACGGCUGGAAUGAUUAGCAACCAAACAUGCGCACAAGCUUCCUCUUUGUGAAAGAAGACCACAUUCACAGAUUUUUGGAGAGAGAAAACUGGCAGCAAAAAAAGGCAGUUAUUUACCAACAUGUGAGAUCCCAUGGCUUCUUAUGGGAGAUAGCUUCCGUGCAAACUAAUGCAUUUAGAAUAUAGGACAAUACUUGGCAAA